AUGCGCAUCAACAUCUCUGUCCUCGUCCUCGCGGCGGGCUUGACUAGCAGUGCCAGCAGCGAGGCCCCGCCGCUUCCAGACCAAAACAACACAGGCUUAUCCUUGCAGGAGCAAAACCGCCUUGCUCUCGAGCUCUUGCCUCCGACCUGCAACCUCAAUGCAUGUCUCGGUCUCACCGGCACUAUUAGCUGCGUCGUAUCAGCCCUUGGCUCUGGCGAUACUAAAGCGCUUCAAAAAUGUCUAAUCUGUUCCUGUGCCGCUUGCGUCCCUGCAGUCACUACUUUCCUGAACUCACUCGGCAUUUGCGUCAGUUCUCCAGGUGGCGGCUCGACCACCACUUCGUUCUUUACCUCGUUCAAAACCGAGGCAGCUCCUACGCAGCAGUCGGGGAUUCCACAAACAGAUGCUACGAUCACCUCUCAGCCUACUGGUGAAGACUUUUAG